CGGUCGCCGUCCCCACUCUAUCGAGGACGGAGGAACCGAAGGGAACGCGUCCCCAGCCGCAGCAGGUCCCCUUAUCGUCCCUCCUAUAGGUGAUCUCCCAUGUCACACGCCACAUCAAUCUGUCGCGCUUUAUCUUUUCCCGUUGUUAAUUAGCAUUCGCUGUCUGUCGUGUAUACUGUAUAGAAAGGGUAGGGAAGGUAUAAGGAGAUGCUAAUCAGCCGAUUAGUUUUUCUAUUUAUUCAUUUUUUUUGCUAUGACAUCGGAUGUAUUAUAACUGCAAACCUGCUGAAUGGACUGAGAUUUCUGGGUCUCCUUAUGGUUUUUGGAUCUAUGGAUAGUUCGUGAGUUGUUUACUUGUUUUUUAUUAACAGUUAGCAGGUUCUGCUAGUAUCGCAGUUCAUGUGAAUAUGUGAUUGUUCUACUCCCUCCGUCCUGAAAAGUAUGUCACAGAUUUGUACUUUUCGGGACGGAAGGAAUAUGAUAUAUUCACGAUACUCAGAUCAUGUUUGGAAAAUUGGAAAUGAGGCAUCCAGGUCAAUUAUGUCAAUAGAAUAGGGGGCUAAAGUUCUAAUGAAAUUCAUGCUAUCAGCCCGAACGAGCUUUGCGCUUUGACCUGGAUGACAUUCAAUAUUGCCCAAGUUAAUGGAAUGUUGCAAUUUUAUUUGGAUUUUUGCAUCUGUUUUCCACCAUCCCACGAGGUUGGACUUCCAUGCAUUAGGUGCACCUUGCCCCCUUACAUGGUUAGCCAGUGUCUUUAAAUAUGUAAUUACGUUCGGUUUCGCAGCAACACUUAUGUUCCCACCAGCCAUUGGUGACAUUCCGGAAAAUAAGGAGAUCAAGCAAAAGGAUUAGUUAAUCUUUCCUUUCUCAGAAAAGUGGUUGUUUGAGAAGAAACUUAAACACUAUCCUUGUACUGGUUUAGGUGCAUACUACAACCUACAAAAUAAGCAUGAAUGACAAUUCCUCAUACUUGUGUUAGCUGAACAGUCCUGCAAGCUGCUCGAUUGUCUCCGGUUAUCCUGACUGGAAGGUAUUGUGAUGGCAACAGAGGAAAGCCGAAUUUCGUACCAGGGUACACAAUCUUCUGGAACAUCUUUGGGCAAACACACGUGCAGGGGCCAAAAGAGGGUGAAGGGGAGAAUUUGGUCAAUAAAUGUGGAGUUUCUUAUGUUACCAAUCUAUAUUAAUCUUAUAUAAAAACUACUAAAAUCUGCGGCGUCCAUUUUACAUCCAAACCAAGAAAAAGUGUUGAGGAUGGAAUGCAUAAGGAGGCAGCUUGGAACAUAUGAGCAGAUGAUGCUUGAAUAUAAUUACUGGUAAUCUGCAUUGCUUGACAAGAACUCCUUCGGUAGAAAGCAUGGAACGUACAAAGAUUUUUACUCUAUGCUGUAUUGCUGUGGAAUCCUUCAAAGUUCUAACAAUGUUUGAGGUAACUGCUUUCACUCACUUAUUAGGGCUUCAGUAAGUGAUAGUGAUUGCCUGUUUCAUGUUAUCCUAUCAUUGCUCCUAUAUUUUUUCCUUACCAUGGCAACCUUUGCAUUCCAGAAGGAAGAGCCCUUCACCCUCCUCUCCUAGGAGGCGCAAGAGUCGAUCUCCAUCAGAAAGACGUAACAAACGAAAGAGAAGUUGGAGUGUCACUAGCUCCCCAAUUGCCAAAUCAACUCCUCAGCUUAGGUCUCCAGAGAAUAAGAAUGUCAUUGAUAAGCAAAGGCUAGAAGAAGAAAAGAAAAGGUGCCAAAUAGAAGUUGAACUGAGACUAUUAGAGGAGGAAACAACAAAAAGAGUUGAGCAAGCUAUUAGAAAACAAGUUGAGGAUAGUAUGAAUUCUGAGGAAAUUAAACAUGAAAUACAAAGACGUAUUGAUGAAGGUCGGAAAAGGAUACAUGGAGAGGUGGCUGCUCAAAUCGAGAAAGAGAAGGUGUCGGCGUUGGUAGAGGCCCAGCAGAAAGCUGAACAUGAGAAGAAAGAGCGAGAAGAGCUAGAGAGGAAGCUUGAAGAAGACCGAAAGAAAGCAGAGGAGGCUCAGAUGAAGGUAGCUAUGGAGCAGCAACAGAAAGAGCUGGAACGGUAUCAGGAGUUGGAGAGGCUUCAGAAAGAGAGGGAGGAAGCCAUGAAGCAGAAACAGAUGGAGGAACAGCAGCAGAAGCAGAACCAGAUGAAGCUGCUGGGCAAGAACAAGUCGCGGCCGAAGCUGUCGUUCGCUUUUGGGACGAAGUAGUGUCGAUUUGCUAAGCGAAGAUAGCACCUUAGUUUCCAUUUAUAAACACCUGUACGUAACUGAUCAUUGCUGGUAUGUCGCUCAGACAAAUCCUGGUGUAGUAAAAGUUGUUUCUUCAUC